UCCUCAACACCCAAGUCUUCACCAGCAAAGUCUGCCUCUUCACCCAAGUCAGCAUCCUCAUCACCUAAAACAUGUUCCAGAAGGUCAGGUGAAGGUACUCCAACAAAACGUAUAGCUGGAACUGAGUGCCACAGAUCACCAGGUGACUCACUAUCUUUUCAUGAAACCACUCCUCCAAAAAGGCGACCAGGUCGGCCAAAGAAGCUGGGACCGCAGCUCGAGCAAAAAGUCAAGAGGCCAAUUGGUCGACCACGCAAGCCAAAGGCUGUUGAUUCAGUAAUAGGGACAAAAACGGUAAAUGGAAAAUCCGAUUUACCAUCUGACGUUGAGGAGAAUGUAAACAAGAACCUCAAAAUAACAGUAGUGUAUGGUCGUUCAAGGAGAAAUAAACGAAUGGUGUCUGAGGGCUUUGAACAGCUGCAAACAGAAUUCCAUGAUGCUUGGCAAGCAGUAGGCCUUCAAAGUGACUUGGGCAUGAAUGGGGCAUUAAUGCACAACUCUAACAUCAGCUCAGGUAGUGUCAAAACAACUUCGACAGAAUUGUCAAAAGAAUUAAAUUUUGUCUCCCCUUUGAAAGAGUCUACCCCUCAAUCUAGCAGUAACAUCAAAUGUCAGAAGCGGGAUGAUUCUGUACCCUCAAGGAAACCAGGUAGACCUGCAAAAGUUAAAAUAUCUGGUAUCUCAGUUACAGUAAACACAGUAUCACCUCGACAGCGUAAAAUUCAGAUAAAUAAGGAUACUCGGCAGUCUCCUGAAUCGCUAAUUCGUAAGAAAAAACUUCUACCAGAAUUCAAAACUGCCAAAGAGCCCUGGACAAUCAGUUGUCAAUCAACAAGCAAAAGCAGUCCAACUGAGGAAGGGAUAGAAACAAAGGAUGAAAGUAAAGACAAACUUCAGCCUGUAGCAGUGCGUCACUCAAUGAGAGUGAGAAAGCCCUCAAUUCACUUUCUUCACGCUGUUGCCACCUCAGCGGCUCUGCUACGGCGCUCUAAAAAACUUCUGCUAAACAAGGCCAGCAAUGAAAGGAGACAGGCGGAGCAACAGAUUAAUGUAGAAACUUUAGGGGAGAAAAGACAGCGAUGUGGACAAGAGAGGAAGAACAUCUCUCAUGACCUGAGCAAAGUGGCAGAGGUGUCUGUAGACUCCAUCUUUACCCCAAAAGAGACGCUAAGGUGGUGGGCAGCAUCAGCCGAGGGCAAGUCUAUGAACCAGGAACUUGCCAGGCGAAUACGACUCAUCUCUGACACCUGGGUCUCAGACACUGUGGAGAAUCAAGAAAAAGAAAUGGCCCUUAAUUCCAAACUAGGCACCAAAAGUAACAGGAAGUCAAAACAUUCCUCUAUGGUUCGAACGCUAUUUGACUGUUCUCCCAACAAACCAAGGUCCUGUAGCAUGCAGCAGCUCUGCUCCUGGUUUAUGCAGACCACAGAGACACAGUCUCUGGCUAUUGUCAAGAAAGCAAGCUCCCGUAACCCUUACGAACUCAUGCACUUCCCCCGUACAGCCAAUAAAAAAAGUGUUUGCCACAGUCCUCAGGCAGAGCGACUCCGAAAACACAUAAAGAAAUUUGCCAAAACUGUGCCAAAGAGUCCUCUGCAACACCAACGGGCUCAAAGAAGGUUGAGAAAGAGGAUUGGGGCACCUAGGUCAACACAUAAUAUUAGGCGACAACUUUUCACUCCCAGAUCUGCAACAGGCAGGCUCAAUCAAGGAGACCAGUGGAGGAGAAGCAGCAUAUUUGGCAAAUACCAGGCCACUCUAUUUAGAGCAAGUACAAGGUUCCUAACCCGGAAGGAAAGGGAGAAGUGGAGAAAGAGGCAGUGGAAUAAGAAAAACAGGAAACUAGCGACAAGUUUUUCAAAUGCAUUGACUGGACUACAACCAAAAUGUAAGGCAUCAGCGAAAUAUCAGUUAUCUGACUGUUUGGAGAACAGUUGUGCCACCAGUUCUGUUGACCAAACUCAGGAGCCGGUGGAUGUACCCAAAGAGCAGAACAUUUGCUCUAAAGCCUGGAGUCCUGAGACGCUGAAGGAAUGCCGAGUUUUUCUGAGGAAGAUCAACUCCCCAGACAAUGAAUCAACUGAGGAAGAGUGCGACUCCUGUACUGUGACACUGGAUGAUGGGUCACUUUCUGCAUACCUCUUUGCAGGAAGGGAGAGAAAACUGGUAGGAGUUGUUAAAGCUGUGAAAACUGAAAGAAAAAGGAGCAUGAAGAGGACUGCCUCAAGAGAGCUUGCAGGUUCUGCAACUAAAUCAGUCCAGGAGCAGGAUGAGAUGCCAGUGGGGAGGCAGAAAGGCAAGUACAAAAGUCCCGGGGUUGUGUCUACUGAACCACCACAAUCACCACCACCAGCGAAAAUGUUGAGACAAUCGCGAAUGAGGGGCCUAACCGGACCGAGAUGGUGCGACUUUGUGUUUGAAAACUAAGGAAGCGUGAGGUCUCCUCCAACCUGGGAAAGGGACUGUGGUUUAACGUGGUGCCUUUGGACAUUGAGCUGACCACGUGGACUGACCAUCCCACUAUGGUUCAGUCUUACACUCAGCAAUUAUGUAGCAGUCUAACUUAACAAAAGCUUGAUGUUGCACUAUUUUUAUCCAUGGAUAUGUACCGUAUGUACAGAAUGUUUUUUUUUUUUUUUGUCAACUUGCCUUUGUCUUUCUGAACCUGUAUAGUAGAUCAAAUCAUUACGUCAAACAGAGUUUUAAUGGGAUAAGUGCUUAUACAGUGAGCCCUGUCAGAGUGGCUGUAUUGGAAGGAGAGACAAAGCUUGACUGCAUUAAGACUGCCAUCUCCCCCCAGAAAAUACCUCAUUAUCAAGGCCAGCACUUCUUUCUGACAAUGACCUUUUUCUGUAAGUCUUUACCUAAAACUAGUAACAACUUUUAAUACUUUAUCUCCACCAUAAACAUGUACAGCUCUAAAAUCCCCCAUCAUUAAAUGUUUUAUUUAUAGUUACUUUGUCAAAUUCCAAAUUGUUUUGUAUUUUAGAUUUGAGAAAAAUAUGUUGAAAUUUACUGACACUCUUGAUCCUAGCCUUGUUUGCAAUAUAUUUCUUUGAUGCUUUAGUCACUGAAUUGCAAGCCAGUAGCCAAAAAUGUGGUUUGAAUGAAGGAAUCUACCAAACCCCAUCUUUAUCCCAAUCGCUGUUAGGCCUUUUCCACCAACAGGGAACCGGCUCCGUUCUGCGCACCUACUUUUGAACCAUUCCGAAUAUUUCGACCAAAAAUAAAUUGGGUCGCAACCCGAAAUGUUGGUUUCCAGCUGGAACCAAAGAGGGUGUGUUUGUUUCUACAGGCCGUCGUGCAUUUUACGGCGCCCGCUGUUGAUGAUGCUCUCUUGAUUACAAUGGUUCUGCUCAAAACAGGCUGGAAAUGCAGGCUGGUUCGCUCGAUCGCACCAAGGUUGAACGGAACCAGAGAUAAUUUGGUGGAAAAACACUACGUGUAUGGGCCCCAACUAGAAAAUGUGUAAUGAACUACAGUAAUUGGCCUUCAGUCUAUCAAAACCAAAUAUUUAAUGUCAUAGUUUCUUUUUUUAUUAUUUUCCAUCAAUAUUUGCAAGUCUUGGCACCAAACUGCAAUUAGCACAAACAUGCGUGUUCUAAAUGACUUUAUUAUUCAACCCCAACAAUCCCACAAAAUGUAGAGGUAUAUGUGAAAUGAAGAAUAUGGCAUUAUGCAGUUGUAGACAGUAGACUCUGAUUAAUUUGUUGGUUUGUGGGAUCUGUCUUGUUUUAAUUCAGUUAUCUUUUUUUUUGCGAUUUGUCUUGUUUUCACCCAAAGCAUAUACUGUACGUUGGUGUCAGAUCUACUUCUUGCACUAUUCCAUCUGAGAUUAUUAAUCCUACUACACAGAUUCCUCCCCCCAUAUUUUGCACACCCCAUGUCCCACUUCCAAACCCUACUGUAAAACUAGAGAAUAUAUUUGGUGCAAUACAAACCCAGAUGAUUUAUCAGUAUGUAGUAAUUAUUUUAUUGCUGACAGACGAAUGGAUGUACGCAAGUACCGUUGGCCUGGGAUGUUACUUCAGUUGUUUCCAUAGCCAUGUAAUGUGAUCUUAAAUGAUACUGCUAUACAAACUGUAUUUUUCCCACCUGCUUUUUUUCCCUCCUCAAUGAAGCAGAAAAAUUAUAGAUCCUUAAUUGUAAUAAUAGCAUUUAAUAUUUUCACCAUACUAGCAUAAUUUACUGUUUAAAUGCAGGUGGGAAUUGUGUUGCUGUUAAGGUUUCCUUUGUUUUUAAUCAAUUUGCAGCAAGACGCCUACCUCCCCUGCGGCUCAGCUAGGCCUACUGCUCUUUUGCUUAUCAACCGUGUGCUAGACAAGGCCAGACAAAUGAUCGAUAAACACUAAUCUUGGAUCAAUAUCAUGUUUUCCUGCCCUCUAAAAGAUCCAAGUUGUCUGGCUGUAGGUCAAAACUUAAACCUGUAUUGUGUAUUGUGUGUCUGACUACCCUUGUAUGUGUCACUAUGGUUGCCAUUUCAACACAAUGGCGGUGAGGUGGCUCGGUCUUGUGAUGAAUAACUAUCAGCCCUCUGUUGAAGAACCUGGUGCUAAACAUCUGUUGUAUAUUUUCUUUAUUGUGUUUUUAUACUGUCCAUUACAGAUGCAACAAAGAGGUAUCUGUGAUUGGAACAAUAAAGAGUCUUUUGAAAUAA